AUGAAGGAGCAUGAGACCAGGAAGAACCCAGAGAAGACCAAUGUGGCCAGGACCGUGGCCAUUGCCCAUGCACAGAUGCCAGCUUGGGACAGUAGGAUCCGGGACAGUAAAUUAGACAGUUUAGCUGGGGAGGGCGGAAGAAAGAGGUGUCUGCUGGUGGCCAUCUCCCUGGGGGCUGUAGAUGGCUUUGCAGUGGUCAGUGGGCUGCAGGGCAAUGUACCUGCACCCCAGUGGUGCCAUGUGGAGCCCCCCUUCCCACAGAGCCCCAGGUCCCUUGAAGACCAGAGCCCAUGGCUUCCCAUCACCUUUAGUUGGGGCACAGCUCUUUUUGGUGCCAACUGGCAUGGGUGGGUGGGUGGCCAGCCCGCCCUCAGCGCCCUUUCCUGCCUUGUAGGGGCCCAAGAGAUCAUCAGCAAAGGUCUGAUCUCCGCGCUGGUGUGGAAGCUGCAGAUGGAGCGGGAGGAGGAGUUCCAGGAGCUCAUCCUGGACACACUGGUCCUCUGCCUGCGGGAGGAUGCCACCGAGGCCCUGGGCAGCAACGUGGUGCUUGUCCUGAAGCAGAAGCUCCUCAGUGUCAACGAGAACAUCCGCAGCAAGGCCGCUCAUGCGCUCCUUAAUGUCAGCAUAUCUCGAGAGGGCAAGAAACAGGUGUGUAAGUUUGACGUCAUCCCCAUCCUGGUGCAUCUACUGAAAGACCCGGUGGAGCACGUGAAGUCUUAUGCCGCCGGGGCCCUGAUGUUCGCCACAGUGAUCACUGAAGGGAAGUAUGCGGCCCUGGAGGCACAAGCCAUCAGCCCGCUCCUGGAGCUGCUGCACUCCCCCAUGACCGUGGCGCGCCUGAACGCCACCAAGGCCCUUACCAUGCUGGCAGAGGCCCCCGAGGGCCGCAAGGUCCUGCAGGGGCACGUGCCCACUUUCCGUGCUAUGGAGGUAGAGUCUUACGAAAAGCCUCAAGUGGCCGAAGCCUUACGGCGGGCAGCCCGGAUCGCCGUCAGUGUCAUCGAGUUCAAACCCUGAGCCCCUCAUCCACCUCUGUGUGUGAAUAAAUGCGCUUAGUCUCUUUA